AAAAAAAAAAAAAAAAGCAUCCCUCUCAGCCCUGGAAAGGAAGUCCAGAGACAUUUUCCAAAAUAUGAGAAGGUUAUCACAUAAUCCACUACAGAUUUCACUAUUCAUUUGAUUUUGGUUUUAGGCUAUGUACAAUAGUAAAAGCAAAUGUGCAGGGAUAUAGUAGGACAAAAGGUGAGAUUUCUAAGGUCCAUUACAUUGCAUUUCUGUGUGUUCAAAAUUUCUCUUGUUUCUGGACAUCAUUAGACUUCUGGGACAAUUUCCAAAGCACAGAUCACCAUCAAAUACAGAAAGACACAAGAAAUUUAGAGUAAUUUUCUGCAGCAAAUCACAUUUUCAAAGCUGAAGAUAAUUUAAAAUAGAUUUUACUGUACUGCUAAUGUUUUGUGCCAUGGCAACUGGUCUGUAAGGACGCUCGACAAUUUUAAUCUUUCUUUAUAAGAUUUUAGUAAGAGCAAUUUUUGUUGUAGGUAUCUCCUGAAAUUACAUAACAAAUUUAAAAAAGGAAAUUUUUUUCAGUUGUAAGAUCUGCAACUAGUGCCCAUUAUUAUUUCCUUGAACAUGGGUAGGUUGGAAGCAAGUUAAGUAAGACAUAUACAUUUUUCUUUGGCUUAUGUUUUCUCUGACCAAAUGUGGUGUUUGAAGGGUUGGAUUGGUCACCAAGAAAGAUCUGCAGAUGCAGACUGACAACUCCAUUGUUUCGAAGGAGGGUGCAGUGAGGAGGAGAUAAGAUAAUAGUCUAUGGAAUGUCAAUGUGACCCUGCCUGUGGCAGUCUGCCAGCAAGCUGAGCACAUUUCUAACUGUUGUAGUGCAAUGUGCAUGGGAGGAAGAAUGUCCUCUGAAUCGAUCAGUUCUUUCCAUUUGGUAUCUGUGGGCCUAGGAGCAGAGAAUUUUAAGUAAUCAAAUUCUGAAGUCUUUUUUUGUGACAGAUGUUGCUCUAAACAGAAGUAGCAUUCACACCAGUAGCUGGUAGAUGUUUUGGAUUUAUUUCUAGGUUUGAAUACCUCUCUCAGAUUUUAUCUGCAAAAGUUUUCACUAACAACAUUCAAGCUAGCAAAUCCUCAGUGAGAGCAUAUAAUCAAAUCUGAUUAGGGAUUAAUCUCAUGGGUAAGGGAGAGGUACAUCAGAAAUUCUCAUAGCUAUUAAAGUGCACAGAAAGUGAAGAAAGAGGUUAAGGAAAGAUUGUGGGGUUUGUCAAAGCAUAUGUAUCUGGAAAACAGACUUUUUUCCAGAUACCCUUGUUGUUGUCUUCAUAAUUUUUAAAGGCAGAAUAUGUUCUUCAGCAGCGAAAAUUGAGGUGAAAUGUGCAGUUUCCCAUUGGAGACACCAAAGUCAAAGGAAGAAGCAGCACUUCUGGAAACCCAGACACUGUUUUGCAUCCUCCUGGCAAUAAGCUGGUGAAACACUCACUAAGCAUUAAUCAUUUUGGUAGCCCUACUGACUCAGUGGGAGCUGCCAUCUCCCUGAUUAUAUACCUAUUAUAAAAUAUGAACAUAUAGUGAAGAGUUUUGCUGUGUAGUAUGGAAACAGGUUCAUUUUCCUGAUUUAUUUUACUAUCUGCUAUUCUGAAAGUAACAAGUACAUUCUCCUGGAUUCUUUAUAUUGAAACAUUAUAGUUACACAUGCAAUAUUCAUACAUUCAAUGAGAGGGAACAGUUUAUGCUUUUUCUACUUAUGGGAAGUGAUCCUUAUUCUGUGUAAGUACACAUCUCUAGAAUAAAACACCACAGAGCAUUCUCCUUCUAGUCAAAUACAAUUUAUUCCAUUUCUCUACACAAUAAAUGUUUGUUUUCAUAUAUGUGAUUGAGUUUUCCCCACAGAAACUCAACUAUAGAGCUGUCAAAGGGACAAUAAUGGAAAAUGCUAGCAGUAGAGUAUUAUGGCACUUGUCCUGCAGCUCAGUUUGUUAUGUCUCUAUAAGGAAUUGGCACACUUGAGAUGUGAAAUCAUGUAAUACAAGUCACAAUCUAAAAAUACAUUGGAGCUGAGCCCAACAGGGAAUGUGCAUUCCUUUCCAUUGCAACAAUACCCUGUAGAAAAGUCUUGUGGUUUAGCCUAACAUGCAAAGAAAAGUAGAGGGAAAUAAAAAAGUUCAAUAUCUUGUUAAAACAAUUAGCAUUGUCUCACUAAAUUUGGUCCAAAAAGGACUGCAAUGAAACCCCUUAGGAUCAUUUGUAGUUAACAAUUAAUUUUUUGCAAAAGCUGUUCAGUUUUUUUUUCUUAAAUACAUAAUGGUUUUUCACUAUGCAUUUGUUACUAAUAAAUAAGUUCUAACUUGAAAGCAGACAGUAAUCUGGAAUUCCUUUCAGUUUUUGUUGCCUGAACUAGUUCAUUAGAAACUAAUGAAAACUUAGUUCAUCAUUCCAUAUUAGAAUUUUCUGUUUCUCUAAGAUGUAAGUGUAGAUACUAAUGUUUAGGUAAAGUGACAAAAGCAUGUACCUAAUGUGAAGCAGGAAGACUCCUGCUGAAAUCAAUUGUAUAUAACUUACAAAGCAAUGAAAACAUGUGGCAGAGUCUCAGAGUAUAACCACUAGAACUGUGCAGGGGAUGGAAAUUCCAUCCUGCAAAGAAUUGUGUAUUUUUGAUAGUUGUCUUGUUUCCAACUAUAAAUAAAACAUUAAAAUGUCAAAAUUUUCAAGGAAAUAAUAUCCUAGGAGAGAAGUUGGCUUGGAUUGAUAAAAAUGUCUUCAUUCUUACUCAGAUUUUCUUUCUUUAAUUUUACAUCAUGUGAUAAAAACAUUUUUAUUUUUAACUUAAAAUUCUAUUUUGUAAUGAAAAUAUCAAAGUGUUUUUUCUUUUAUUGCAAGAAUAUCAUCCUUUUUACUCCCUCAGAUUUUGCAAAAUAAUGUUGUGGAGGUACUGGCAUAAUAUUUGCCUCAUAGAAACUUUGAUAUAGCAUCUGUCUGCUCAUUUUUUACAUCUCUGUUACAUAUAAAAUAUGACAGAAAGUUACUUCAUAAUUUUUUCUCUGCUUUCUGAUCCAAUCUCUGUGUAUUUCUUUCCCACCAAAUUUUAGCCAGCCACAAACUCCAAAUUAUUUUUCUAUAAAUUGGAGAAAUUCAAUUUCUCCAAUUUCAUAUCAAUCCUUUGGUAUGAACCAAAGGAUAUUUUAUCGACAGUUUUGUGAAAAUAAACCAAGAAAGGAGGCGUGCUUCUAGAUAAAGGGAUUUUUUUAUUAUUAAUAAGUUGUCUAACAAUUUAUGUUAACUUGCAUAUAUGCUCCUUAAAAACAUUUGUUUUUUAUGUGAAAUAAAUAUUUGAAAAUAUUUGCUGUGAAAUGGAACCUCUGAAAAUGCAGAGCUGUCUAGGAGCAUGAAUGGGUCUUCAAGGAUUCCUUUUAGUUGAAACUCAGGUGGGUCUUAUGUCAGAAAAGUCCCACUCACCUGGCUGGGGAGGCAGGUGGCAGCAGAAGGAAAAACAAAGAUAGAUGGACUUACAUGAAGGAACUUGCAUAGGAGGAACACUUAAGGCUAAAAAACUUCAAAUCUAGAUAGAGCAAAGGGAUUGUUUUAAAUCAAUACAUCAUUCCCCUGAAUGCUCUAAAACGGAAAGUACAGAGGUAUCAAAUUCUCAGUCAGGUAAGGAGCUGCUUGAUACUUAGGAGGUUGUCGUGGUUUGGAAGUGGUUUUUUUUGGAGACAGUGGUUAGCCCAGUGGGGGCUCAGGUGUGAAUAUUGGCACCUGUUUGGACCAAUGAGGAGAUGGUUCCGCCUCUGAGAACACAGGGUAUAAAGGUAGAACUCCCAGGAAGUGACGCUCUCUUGCUUGUCGGUCAGCAAAGGGAUCAGGUCAGUUCUCUCUCCCCCUCCGGCUGUAGGCCGGGUGGGGGAGGGGAAAAGGCCACGAGGCGCCGUGAGCUAGGCCGGAGGCUUUGGAUCUUGGAGAGAGAGAAGAGAGAAAAGAGAUAAGACGCGCCGGGCAGCUCCUGGAAGUCGGCCAAGAGUGAGAAGAGAGUCCGGCACCUAGAGAUGAUUUUAACUUUUUUUCCUUCACGAUGGAAACCUUCCAGACGUUGAUCCUCCCGGAGGACAGAGAUAAGAACAAGAAGAAAUGGACAAGUGAAAUGAGAGCUUCGUUCCACCCAGUGGCAUUAACUGUUACAGCAAAUAAGGGAGAGCAUGUGAACAUCUCCUUCAUCAGAAUGGUGUCAAAAGAGGAAGAUGCAGUGAUCUACAAGAAUGGCUCCUUCAUCCACUCUGUGCCCAGGCAUGAAGUGCCAGGAGAACUGGAAGUCUCCUAUCCUCAAGUUCAGCCACAGGAUGCAGGGGUUUACUCUGCCAGAUAUAUAGGAGGAAACCUUUUUACUUCUGCUUACACGAGGCUUAUUGUAAGACGAUGUGAAGCUGAGAAAUGGGGCCCUUCCUGUAGCUUCCACUGCCCUUCCUGCACAAACAAUGGCAUUUGUCAUGAAGAUACUGGGGAAUGCAUCUGUCCUCCAGGUUUUAUGGGAAAAACAUGUGAGAAAGGGACAUCAACAGUGUACGUAUCUGUUUGUGCAAAUCUGUGGGUGUGGCAAGUAGUUUGGAUUCUGGAAAAAUUAGAGUUGGCAUCACAUUGUUUUGACUUCUCCAAGCAUCUUUUGUGUUCAUUGCUAACUUGCGGAGCCAACACAUUUGGCAAAACAUGUGAAGAGACCUGCAAAGAAAAUUAUGGCUGCAGAAACUUUAUGUUCUGUCUACCAGAUCCAUAUGGUUGUUCUUGUGCCACAGGAUGGAUGGGACUGGAAUGUGAUAAAGAAUGCAAACCUGGGUUUUAUGGGUCAGAUUGCAAACUCAAAUGUAAUUGCCACAAUCGAGGAACAUGCGACAGAUUUAAGGGCUGCAUCUGCUCCUUCGGAUGGCAUGGUCCACAAUGUGAAAAAAAAGGUUCAGCAGAUCUUUCGCCUCAGAUAAUAAACUUACUAGAUCCUGUGGAACUCAAUUCUGGUGUCGAGUUCAAGCCAUUGUGUAUAGCAACAGGGAUGCCACUUCCUAAAUCUGAAGAAUUCAAACUCUUGAAGCAAGAUGGAACUGUCCUGAGGCCUGAUGAAAUUUCUACCAGUAAUCGUUCUGAAGCCAUGUUUAGAAUAAAUCGAGUCUUGCCUGGCGAUACAGGAACUUGGGUUUGCAGUGUGCAGACAGUAGCAGGAAUGGCAGAGAAACCAUUUCAAGUUACAGUCAAAGUUCCUCCUGUGCCACAGUAUGCCCCGAGGCUGACUGACAGAGGACAUAAUUUUCUCAUAAUUGAUAUCAAUGCUGAGUUACACAAUGGAGAUGGACCUGUUGUGUCAACAAAACUUCUGUACAAGCCAGCGAACCGUUAUCAGUCCUGGAUGUCUGUGGAAGUAAAAGGCACAACUAAAAGACUGGACAAUCUGGAACCCAAAACUGAGUAUCAGUUCUGUGUUCAGCUGAGUCGGCAAGGGGAAGGUGGGGAAGGCCAUCCUGGACCACAGGCCAGCUUCACAACAGCUGCACUUGGUCUUCCUCCACCAGAAGGUAUCACUCUCUUUCCAAAAAGUAUGACAUCACUGAAUUUGUCAUGGCAUCCCUUAACACUGAGGACAGAGGAUGAUAUUCGUGUUGAAGUGGAAAGGAAGAGCGUGAAUGACAACGGUGACGAGAGCAGUGUUAUUACUCAAGUGCCAGGAAAUAUGUCCACCUUGAUCAUUAAAGAUCUUGAGCCUAGACAGCAGUACAUGUGCAGGGUACGGGUGAACACCAGGUCCCAAGGAGAAUGGAGCAACUAUCUGUAUGCAUGGACUUUCAGUGACAGAAUCCCUCCUGCACCGAAUAACAUCAGGUUUUCUAACACCACAGACACAUCCUCAGUCAUCUCUUGGACAGCUGCCGAGGGUCAUUCCAUCUCCUCCAUCAUCAUCAGCUACAAAAUUUAUGGCAAGGCUGAGUACAACCACAUUGAUAUUAUCAUAAAGAACACCAGCAUUACUCAAUAUCACCUCAAGGGCCUCGAGCCAGACACUGUGUACCAGGUUCAGAUUAAUGCUCAGAACAACAUUGGCUUGAGCAACCCAAACACAUCGUUUGAACUGAAGACUCUUCCAGAAACAAAAGCUCCAUAUGAAUCAAAAGGAGGCAAAAUGCUGCUUAUUGCCAUCCUUGGAUCUGCAGGGAUGACCUGUGUAACAAUUCUCCUGGCCUUUCUCAUCAUGCUGCAGUUAAAGCGAGCCAACUUCCAGCGUCGAAUGGCUCAGGCUUUCCAAAAUGUGGUGAGAGAAGAGCCAGCUCUGCAGUUUAACUCUGGUACUCUCACUCUGAGCAGGAAAGCCAAAAACAGUCCAGAUCCUACUAUAUAUCCAGUUCUUGAAUGGAAUGACAUAAAAUUUCAAGAUGUGAUUGGGGAGGGUAACUUUGGGCAAGUCCUGAAAGCACGCAUUAAGAAAGAUGGCUUACGCAUGGAUGCCGCAAUAAAAAGGAUGAAAGAGUAUGCCUCAAAAGAUGAUCACAGAGAUUUUGCUGGAGAACUUGAAGUUCUUUGUAAACUUGGUCAUCAUCCCAACAUCAUAAAUCUUUUGGGAGCAUGUGAACAUAGGGGAUAUCUUUACCUUGCUAUUGAAUAUGCUCCCCAUGGAAAUUUACUGGACUUCCUUCGGAAAAGCAGAGUACUAGAGACAGACCCAGCAUUUGCUAUUGCCAACAGUACUGCAUCUACACUUUCCUCUCAGCAACUUCUGCAUUUUGCAGCAGAUGUUGCCAGAGGGAUGGAUUACUUGAGUCAGAAACAGUUUAUUCAUCGAGAUUUGGCAGCAAGAAACAUCUUGGUUGGAGAAAAUUAUGUUGCAAAAAUAGCUGACUUUGGCUUAUCAAGAGGUCAGGAAGUUUACGUAAAGAAGACCAUGGGACGGCUUCCAGUGCGAUGGAUGGCAAUUGAAUCUUUGAAUUACAGUGUUUACACCACAAAUAGUGAUGUAUGGUCCUAUGGUGUCCUCUUAUGGGAAAUUGUUAGUUUAGGUGGAACACCAUAUUGUGGAAUGACAUGUGCAGAACUAUAUGAAAAACUUCCUCAAGGGUACCGACUGGAAAAGCCUCUCAACUGUGACGAUGAAGUGUAUGACCUAAUGAGACAGUGCUGGAAAGAGAAACCAUAUGAAAGACCAUCAUUUGCUCAGAUACUGGUCUCACUGAACAGGAUGUUAGAAGACAGGAAGACCUAUGUGAAUACUACACUAUAUGAGAAAUUUACUUAUGCAGGCAUUGAUUGCUCCGCUGAAGAAGCUGCUUAAGACAGAAAAAAUCUUCAUUCAUCAAUGAUGUAUUACAGAAAACCAUAAUUCAAUCUGCUGGAGCCCCAAAUGUGAUGUGCUGUGUAGAACUGUGUAUUACUCUAACGAUAUAUAAUACAGCAAUACUGUUUUACCGCAGUUAUGUGUGUAUAUAUCACACAGUAACAUACACCUCUGCCUUCACAGGCUGUAGAAGUGUAUAUAUUGUCCAAAGCAGGUAUAGACUAUAAUCAUGAAAUCUGUUGUUUCAUUCACAGGGUUUUCUUUUUUCCUAGAUAUAUGUAGAUAUGAUGUCUACAUACAUAUUGUAAUGCAUUAGGUAUUGACAUCUUAGAGGUUUUUUUAUAUUUUCGAAGAGCUACUCAUAGCAAAGUGGUAACUUAUUGCAGUAUUCCAUAUACAUUUCAUUGUGUUUGAAAGAAAAAUGCUGGGCAGCUGCAGUGCAACAAUGAAAGUUGUAAUCCAGCGUCCUCAACAAGGAUAAUUAAGAGAGACUCCUGAUGGAAUGCAAAAGUCAGCUAGUAGAAGUAAUCUAGUCAAAAGCUCUGUUGAAACUUGUAAGAUAAAAGGCAUACUAUUGUUCUUUCACUGCCUAUCAUGACUGUCAGUUUUUGCCCAUAUACAAAAUAUACAUAUAUUUUGAAGUGUUUAAUGUUAUCAGUGGAAGCCACACAGCAAUAUUCAUGAAGCGCAGUGUUGAGGAGUGUACUACGUAUUGUAAACCACAUUUUUACAACUUGCCUGGAUAUACAUGAGACUUACUCAAUUUGUAUUUCAUUUAAUAAUUUCAAUGCAUAAUUAUAAAUUACUACCUACUAUACACAAGUAGGGCUUACUUACUUUUGUUUAUUAUACCCUUUCAUCUGUCUGUAGUGUGGUAUGGCUUCUUACAAAAUAUCAUACUCAAAUGCUUCAAAACAGUGAAAUUUGUCCUGCCAGAAAGCUCCCAAUCCUUAGUUAAGACAAAUAACUGCAGGACUGGUUUGAACUUCUGGUGUCAAGCCAAGUACCAAGGGUUUGGUGGAUUUACCCUACUCAAAUUUCACAUAGUAGCCAACUUCAUGUUUUGCACAUAUGCCCCCGUCUUGCCCUUGACUCACCAGCUCACAACUGUCCAUCAGACCACAAUGACGUCCCAGAUGGGUGCAACAGGUCAUCCCCUCAGACUUGGAGAAAGAUGCGUGAGAGAGUGCAAGAUUUCUCCUUCUGAUUCUUACUUUGUGGAUGGGUAUGUGAUUGGUUGCAAGGUGGGGGUAUCUCAGCAGAGCAUAGAGUAACAUUAAUGACAUACACCAGACUGACUCAAAUAGAAUAUUCCCUAUUAAAAGGGAAUAAGCCAACAAACAAGGGUGCUGAGAUGACUUGUGUGGCCUUGAGAUAGGCAGAACUUGCACUGUAAACCAGGUGCUAGAUGUAAACUAGGAGUUUAUUGUUGGGGAUUAAAAUAAGUUUACUUGUAGAAUAUUAGAAAUUAUCUGUGUAGUUUUAAAUUUAAUUGUAACUUGCUUUCACCUUGGCAUGAGAGGGCCCUGCUCAAAACUUAACACAGGGGAACUUUAAAUGAACUCUUAUCAUAAUGGCUAAGCAGUGGAGAAAACAGAGAAAGACUGGUUAUCUUCAGAUAAGGGCUGAGACCCUGGAGGGUCCCAAGACUGCCCCAAUCUGGAAUAUAAGAGUAGUUAAUGGCACAUGAUCAUGGAUAAUCCAAUGAGGUAUUAUAAGACCCCAGACCAUAAAUCCCCAUAGGACUAAGGGGCUCAUGCAGGGCAUGUGACAAAUGUGUGAAGGUCGGGUGCACAGACUGUAAGGGUACAAAGGCCCAGGGAUUUCUUUGGUCAGGGUCCCUCUCUGGUGGCACCCAGCUCAAACUGAAAUAAACCAAUUCUGCCUUAGAA